GGAUCAGCCUGUCACAUCCAAAACAAGGAAAUCCUCAUGCGAGUAAUGGCGAUUCUUCUAGCAAACUCGCUUUACUUCUGCUAACACCAACCAGCUUGUUAGUUCUUCUCAUACUUGACCUGUGGAACCAGCGUAGCCAUGUCAUCCCGAGUGUUGCUACGGCAACAGUUGAUGCGGGAGCAGGCGCAGGAGCAGGAGAGGAGGGAGGCGCAGCAGCAGGCGUCUGUCGCUCAACUCCGCCCUACAGAAUCCACUCCCGCCAUCUCCGUCACGGUGCCGCCCAUGGCUGCACGCCCUCCUCCAGCUCAAGUACCAGUGGAGGUCCUGAAGGUGCAAACUCAUCUUGAAAACCCAACUAAAUACCACAUCCAGCAGGCCCAGAGGCAGCAAGUGAAGCAGUACUUGUCCACCACACUAGGAAAUAAAGUUGCCACACAAACUCUGGGUGUAUCCCCUGUUCCACAGUCAAACUCUGCUCCAGAGAGGUGCCAUUCUGCAAGCAGUGCUCCCAACAGCCCAAUGGCACAUCUCAACCUGGGCCCCAACAAAGAAGAGAUGGAUGAUGUCAUCGAUGACAUCAUCAGCCUUGAAUCCAGCUUCAAUGAUGACAUCAUGUCACUGAUAGAUUCUGGCCUGCAGCUCCCAAACACGCUACCAGGCAACCUUCUAGAUGUCUACAACAGUCCUGGCAUGGCGACCCCCACAAUCACCGUCAGCAAUUCUUGUCCGGCAGAUUUGGCUAAUAUUAAAAGGGAAUUAACUGACGCAGAGGCCAGAGCCUUUAUGAAGGAGAGGCAAAAGAAAGAUAAUCACAAUCUCAUUGAAAGGCGGAGGAGAUUCAACAUAAAUGACAGAAUAAAGGAAUUAGGGGCUCUGAUACCCAAAUCCAGUGAUCCGGAGAUGCGCUGGAACAAGGGAACCAUUUUGAAGGCUUCUGUUGACUACAUAAGAAAACUGCAGAAAGAGCAACAGAGGUCCAAAGAGAUUGAGAUGAGGCAGAAGAAACUGGAGCAAUCCAACCAGGCUUUGCUGCUCCGCAUACAGGAAUUAGAGAUGCAAGCUCGUCAUCAUGGCCUCUCCGCUGCUGUGCCUCCAGGCCUGAGCGCAGAAGCUUCCUUUCUUCAGCAACAGCUACUACAAGGAAACCAAUCCAUGCAGCCUGGCACUGGGGAAAGCCAACCUCAGAGCCACCUCAGCAUAACACAGACUUCCACUUCUUCUUUCCUCGCAAUACCUCCUUCUGGCUCUCCGGCUGCUGCUGCAGCAGUAAGUGGCCCUCUGGACCUGGAUACGUUUAGCUUCGCGGAGCUGGAUGAGUCUUCAGCCUCUGAUCUUUACCCUGACGUGGGACUUAGUGACAUUCUGAUGGAUGACGGCUGCACGAUGCCCGCUGUCAGGUCGUCCGAUCUGCUUUUCUCACCAAUGUCCCCUGGAGCCUCCAAGACCAGCAGCCGCAGGAGUAGCGUGACCAUGGAGGACGACUUGUGACCGAACUGACCACUAUAUGUAUGUUUCUAUGCUCUUCCUCGUGUGGGACACCGUGGGACGUUUUUAAAGAGAUAGUUCACUUAAAAAUAAAAAUUCUGUUAUUUACUCACCCUCACGUUGUUCCAAACCUAACUUUGGAAAGUUUCUUCUGUGGAACUUCAAAGAAGGUUUUUUGAGAAAUGUCUCAGUCUCAGUAAAGUGGUUACCAAAACUGAUAUUUCUUCAAAAUAUCUUCUUUGGUGUUCAGUUUUUUUGGUGAGCUAUCAAUUUAGAAACACUCUCCACGUGUUUGUGCUGUCAUAUUCUCGAUAAUUCAGUUAAUUUAGAGAAAAAAUUAACUGUAGUAUUACGUAGUUUUGUAGGCAGUCCGUGAUCCCAAAAGUUCAUCCUGAAUUUGAAAUGCACCCAAAACAUUUAGCCUUUUUGUAGCUAAAAUUGAGGACAUUCUAGCCUAUACAGCAUAGUUGUCUUGCUGUAAGGGUAAAUCAUGUGACGUUUAUUAAUGUUUUAGAUGUGUUUUUUAGCAUGCAAGUGCACAUAUAUAUGAUUUCGGAGUGUGGUGUGAGUAGUCGCUUAUCGCACCAAAGGGAUGCUUCAGAGUUGUGUUUAAUAGCAUGAACUCAUUUUUCAUAUUAUGUUGAAAAUGUUCAAGCAAUAUUUACUGCUUAUAUCAGAAAAAUCUAUUUUUUUAACACUCUUUCCUGGCUUUACUUUCAGCCAAGUACUUGCAUAUUUACUACUAACUGGUUUGAAAUUUCUACAUUUUAUUUGUUUGUUUACAACACUUCCUUUUAUGUUUCGUUAAUUUGACCGUCAAUGUUACAUUGCUAAACAAAUGUGUGAUGGUGCAGGUGCUCAGACAUGAUUUACAGUAACACUUUAUAAUAAGGUAAAGUUCGUAUUUUUAAUAAAUUGAUUAGCAUUGCUUAAUACAUUAGGUGUCAUGAAAAAACAAUGUUAGUUCAUUUCUGUUUUUUAUGGUAUAUUUAUAAAUUAACAUUUAAUCUAGAUUAUUGUAUGUUGUAAAAAUCACUGUUUAUUGUUACUUCAUGAUACCUAACGCAUUAACUAAUGUAAAUUUCCUUUUUGUGUAAACUGUAGAGAUUUUUAGGAUGUGUAUAAGGAAACAAGCCACAUAAACGUCAUGCACAAAUAGCUUUUCAGGUAUCAAAUUUUACAAGCUACCUCUGCCUAAAGUGCUUUUUAUAACCAGUAGAUCUAAAUCAGCAUUUUGUUAGAUGCAGCUAAACACACACUUACCUGCGAAUGUAAACGAACUUGCGCAUCUGUGCUGUGCUCAGAAAUAUGACAUUUAGAGUACUGCCAGUCAAAGCCAAAUGAAGUUUCAUCUCUGAUCAAACUGUGCCUGAAGCAUAAAGGAACAAAAGUCAUUUGUUUGGUUUGUAAAUAGAAAAAUGAAUACAAAUGAGUCGUCAAAGGUUUAAAAGUUGUUCAUUAUUAAUUCUGCAGCAAUUCAGAUGAAUGUCUAAUAUAUAAAACUAGAUGAUCUAAAGCAGAUUAAAUGCAGAUUGUAAAAUAUAUUUAAAACUUGAAUGUGAAUGUAAUGGAUUAUGCAGUUUUCCUUUUCUUCUGUCACAGGCACAGAAUGGGUAUAAGUCUGAAAUGAUUUGAUUAUGUGAAGUCACAGCAAUAAUAUUUUAUUGUCUCAUUUCCUGACAGUCCGGUCCUUAGAAAUAAGCAUUAUUGUGUGUUUUAGGACAUAUUUCCUCUCAUUAAAACUAAAUUGCCAGUUAUUGUUCUGCUGCUGGUGUGUCAUUGCCUUUACUUUCAUUACAUCUGUGUUCAAUUAAAGGGAAGGUGUUGUUCUUUUUUGUAAACAGGUUUUUUUUUCAAAGCACAUAAUUUAUAAUUGAGAGAAAAUGUAUUUUAAUUAGAAUUUUCCUGUGUGUUGGUGGCCUUUAAUUGGCUAAAAUAAACUGAUGAGAAAAAAAAUCUCAUUAGAUUGCUUGA